AUGAUACAACAUAAUCAAAGAAUUGAGGCUGGUCCUUCAAAUACGAAUUUAAUAAAUGAAGUAACAUAUACAAAUCAAAAUGAUGAUAAUGAUGAUUUAUUUGCAUCAGAAUACAUAACAAGAAGAAUAAU